AUAAAUAAAAAAUUUAAAAACACAACGAACAAAUCACAGAACAGAAGGGUCAAGGGAGAAGAAGCAAGCAGCCACAGCACAACCCACAACCAGCGCAAAACAACACACCAAAAACAAAUCCCCACUGCCAAAAGGGCUCAACAGUAAGCACCAGACACACAAAUCUCCACCCAUAUUUUUUGCUUAUAUACAUGUAUUGAAAGAAUAAUAAAAUAAUUUUUUUUUUGUAUAUCCCCAAUAUUCUAAUCCCAAUCUCAAAGCCUCUCCUCUUUUCUCAACUCUCAAAGCCAAGCAAAAAAAGAAAAAGAAAAAAAGGUUUAGAAGAGCAGCAGGGGCAGAAAACAAAAGGGGAGCAGACAGCACAAACCCCCAACUGAUCUCAGAUUCAGAAAAUACACAACUCCAAAUACCCACUGCCCAAAAUCACCUUUUCAAGGUUUUUGAUCCUUCCCCAAUCCCCAAUGACCCACCGAAGGGUUACAAGAGAGAAAACCCAUUAAAAAAGCUUCUUGCUUUUUACAUUUCUCUUCUUGAGCAGCCAAGGGGUUCUUCUGCUCUUCUUCUUCUCUUUGUUGUUACCCUGAUUCAGGUGCUUAGCUUUAUCCCCUUGUGCAGUUGUAUUGAAUUUGUGGAUAAAGAUUUGUGCUUUGGCUGUUGCGUGAGUUGCUUUCUGGUUUAUGUGGUUUCUUGGUGCGUUUGAAUUUGAUUUCCGUGAGCUGAAUCAGCUGAGAGCUUGCUUUAGAGCUGGGAAUUCCAUUUGACCUCUUUGCUGCUUUGAGUUGACCAUGGAAGAAUUGCUUUCUCUUUGCUUUCCAUGCUUAAUGGGGAAGUUGAGAAAAAAGAAUGGAAGUUUGCAAUUUGAAUCUGUUGAUUUCAUCAAGUUUAGGUUCAUUAUAGCUGGAAAGAAAAUUUUGAACUUGAGGGUUCCUUCUGGAAUUAGAGAUUUUUGGUUAUCCUUGUUUUUCCUUUUUCACGUGUGCCUACAGUAAACAGAUGAUUAAUGUCCUUGUGUUUAGCUGUUUUCUGCUUUGUGUAUUGAGUUGUUUGUUUACAGAAUUUUACAUCAGUGAAUGACUGUUCUUGCCGCAGGUUGGAGGAGCACUUGGUGGAACUUUCUGGCCUGGUGACUAUGAAACUGUUUUGAUUGAAUCAUUAGUCUGCAAAGUUGGAUGGAAUAAUUGAGCGGAGCAAAAGUUGGCACAGUUUUAGAAGAUUUGAACAUUAGUUAGAACAUCCCCUUUCUAAGUUAUUUUUUUAUAGCUGGGAUGGGCUGCGAGUGUUCAAAGCUCUCCUCAUGUUGUUGGAAUUCAGAAUAUAAUGAAGCAGUUCCUCAGGACCACAGAGAAGAAAAUGAGGAGAAGGGUGAAGCCGACGACCUGCCUGCAUUUCGCGAAUACUCCAUCGACACAAUCAGGAUGGCAACUUCUGGUUUUGCAGUGGAGAAUAUAGUUUCUGAACAUGGAGAGAAGGCUCCUAAUGUUGUUUAUAAGGGAAAGCUUGAUAAUCAGAGGAAGAUUGCGGUCAAACGCUUCAAUAGAUCAGCUUGGCCUGAUUCCAGGCAGUUUUUGGAUGAAGCAAGAUCAGUUGGGCAGCUCCGAAAUCAUAAGCUGGUUAACUUACUCGGUUGUUGCUGCGAGGGAGAAGAGAGGCUUCUUGUAGCUGAAUUUAUGCCGAAUGAUACCCUAGCAAAGCACCUAUUUCAUUGGGAAGCACAACCAAUGAAAUGGGCAAUGAGACUGAGAGUGGCUUUAUAUUUAGCUCAGGCCCUGGAAUAUUGUACGAGCAAAGGCCGUGCUCUUUAUCAUGAUCUGAAUGCUUAUAGAAUUGUUUUUGAUGAUGAAGCAAAUCCUCGACUAUCAUGCUUUGGUCUGAUGAAGAACAGUAGAGAUGGAAAAAGUUACAGUACAAACUUGGCAUUCACUCCUCCAGAGUAUCUAAGAACAGGUAGAGUAACACCAGAAAGUGUGAUUUAUAGCUUUGGCACCCUUUUGCUUGACCUCCUCAGUGGAAAACACAUUCCUCCAAGCCAUGCACUGGACUUAAUACGAGACCGGAACAUUCAAAUGCUGACAGAUUCCUGCCUGGAAGGCCAAUUCACCAACGAUGACGGAACUGAGUUGGUGAGGUUAGCUUCUCGAUGUCUACAAUUUGAGCCGCGAGAGCGGCCAAAUCCCAAGUCAUUGGUUACUGCUUUGAUUCCUCUUCAGAAGGAAACUGAGGUUCCUUCACAUGUAUUGAUGGGUGUACCAGAUGUUGCUGCAGCCGUACCUCUGUCACCCCUUGGCGAGGCUUGCUUAAGAAAUGAUAUGACUGCCAUACAUGAGAUCUUAGAAAAGAUAGGGUAUAAAGAUGACGAAGGUGCUGCCACUGAGCUCUCGUUCCAGAUGUGGACCAACCAAAUGCAGGAUACACUAAAUUCAAAGAAAAAGGGUGAUGUCGCCUUUCGGCACAAGGACUUCAAAGCUGCCAUUGAAUGCUAUACCCAGUUCAUAGAAGUGGGGACAAUGGUGUCACCAACAGUGUAUGCACGAAGAAGCUUGUCUUACCUGAUGAGCGACAUGCCACAGGAAGCCCUGAAUGAUGCAAUUCAAGCCCAAGUGAUAUCCCCCGUCUGGCACUUUGCAUCUUACUUGCAAGCUGGUGCGCUUUUCGCCCUGGGAAGAGAGGCUGAAGCACAAGCAGCUCUGAAAGAAGGAUCAGCCCUCGAAAGUAAAAAGACUCCAAACUCAUAAUCAAUCAAUCCAGCAGUUAAAAAAAUCCAAAAUUUGCUGUGUUUGGUUGGAAGUGAGAGAGCACAAGCAUAGUUUACCACCAAGGGUAGGGUGGUUCAAAACCUGUGCUUCGUUUACCUUUUACCUUGUUAACCUCACAUCGAAACGGUGGAGUUGCGCUCUGAAUCAUCUGCAUAUAGUUGGUUGCUUCGGUUGGGGUAAAAAUGAAGAGAAUUCUUUCGUCAGAGAUUGGGAUUGUGGUGGGUUUAUAUCAGUCAGGUUAUCUUCUUGUAAUGCUGGAUCUGGAGAUAUGAAGAUGGACUGCCUGGCCCUGGAUUCUCUGAGACUGUUAUUUUUCCCUUUUGUCUUUUCCUGACCUUUUUGUUUCUGCUCCUUUUCAUUUGCAAGAAUCCUAAGAAGGAAAGAUAAUAUAUUUGGAAGACAUUCUUCGGACUGGAGUACAUGUUUGUAGAGGUUUUCAUUUUUUGUCCUAGAACUUUGUAUUUCACCUGAAGAUGAUAUUUCUUCUAGAUGCUGAAUACAGCAGGAUGGUGGCUUCUCUUACUUCAAAAACUUAUGUAAUCUUAUGUAAAUUGCUAUUAUUGGUUUUGUGGCUAUUGUCAGCUAUCAUAUCAGCUUCUGUUUGCUUCCAGUUUAUCAUUUACCAGCUUUGAUAAGCUUUUGAGUUAAUUGGUGGCCUUGUAGUAGAGGUUAUUGAUACUUCCUGCUACGGGUGGAACACGUUAAGAGAAUGGAUCAUGCUAUUAUGGCAAUAAGUUAGGUGAAGAAACAUGCUAAGCCAAC